AUGUCAUCAAAAAAUUAUGAUCAAAAAACGCGCGGAACACCGCCGUAUCAUGUCCAAAAAAUUCGUCUCGAUAAUAAUGCAAAUAGAUUAAAAAAAAGAAAACUUCAAAAAGCUUGUCCAGAUUGUAAAGAGACGAGCGAUUCGGUCAAACUUUUUUCUAGUAAAGUAAAUAAAAUAGAAGAAGUUAUUAAAAAUUAUUAUAAAACUCCUUUAAAUAAGAACAAAAACAAUAAAACUUCUAUCUUUAACGCAAAGUUUACUUUGAAUAAUAUACAAUGUGAACUAGAAUACGAUUUAUCUAAAUUUACUUUGGAAAAUUUACAAAAACUCGUAAUUUUUACAACACAAAAUUGCAAUAUCAAUGAUACCAAUAAUAAAAAUCCAUCUUCUAUCUCAUCCGACGAGAAUCUUGAUAAAAGUGAUGAUAAAUAA